GCGAAGCGGGCUGCAGGGGCAGAGGGAGGGAGCUAGGAAAAAGAAGGGACGCUCACCCGCACCCACCGACCCCUGAGGUCUGGGAGGGUGUGGCUUGGCUUCUCUGGGAAUGUAGACCAGCACCCCCCUCCCUGGCGGGGGAGGGAUAGAAAGUCCCCCAUCCUCACCCUGCCUGAGUGGGAAAUGGUGUGUCUUCUAAAGGGUGAGGCGGCUUUGACCCCGGGUUACCCGGCCAGCACGACCGAGGAAGUGGCUGGACAGCUGGAGGAUGAACGGAGAAGCCGACUGCCCCACAGACCUGGAAAUGGCCGCCCCCAAAGGCCAAGACCGCUGGUCUCAGGAAGACAUGCUGACUCUGCUGGAAUGCAUGAAGAACAACCUUCCAUCCAAUGACAGCUCCAAGUUCAAGACCACCGAAUCACAUAUGGACUGGGAAAAAGUAGCAUUUAAAGACUUUUCUGGAGACAUGUGCAAGCUCAAAUGGGUGGAGAUUUCUAACGAGGUGAGGAAGUUCCGGACCUUGACAGAAUUGAUCCUUGAUGCUCAGGAACAUGUCAAAAAUCCUUACAAAGGCAAAAAGCUCAAGAAACACCCAGACUUCCCAAAGAAACCCCUGACCCCUUAUUUCCGCUUCUUCAUGGAGAAGCGAGCCAAGUAUGCGAAACUCCACCCUGAGAUGAGCAACCUGGACCUGACCAAGAUUCUGUCCAAGAAGUACAAGGAGCUUCCGGAGAAGAAGAAGAUGAAAUAUAUUCAGGACUUCCAGAGGGAGAAACAGGAGUUCGAACGAAACCUGGCCCGAUUCAGGGAGGAUCACCCCGACCUAAUCCAGAAUGCCAAGAAGUCGGACAUCCCCGAGAAGCCCAAAACCCCCCAGCAGCUGUGGUAUACCCACGAGAAGAAGGUGUAUCUCAAAGUGCGGCCAGAUGCCACUACGAAGGAGGUGAAGGACUCCCUGGGGAAGCAGUGGUCUCAGCUCUCGGACAAAAAGAGGCUGAAAUGGAUUCAUAAGGCCCUGGAGCAGCGGAAGGAGUACGAGAAGCACCCCGAGCUGAAUAUCAGCGAGGAGGGCAUCACCAAGUCCACCCUCACCAAGGCCGAGCGUCAACUCAAGGACAAGUUCGACGGGCGACCCACCAAGCCCCCUCCGAACAGCUACUCGCUAUACUGCGCCGAGCUCAUGGCCAACAUGAAGGACGUGCCCAGCACGGAACGCAUGGUGCUGUGCAGCCAGCAGUGGAAGUUGCUCUCCCAGAAGGAGAAGGACGCCUAUCACAAGAAGUGCGACCAGAAAAAGAAAGAUUAUGAGGUGGAGCUGCUCCGCUUCCUCGAGGCUGACGCCGGGCCUCCUCUCCCGCAGGCCAAGUACAAGGCCCGGGAGGCGGCGCUCAAGGCACAGUCCGAGAGGAAGCCGGGCGCGGAGCGCGAGGAGCGGGGCAAGCUGCCCGAGUCGCCCAAGAGAGCCGAGGAGAUCUGGCAGCAGAGCGUCAUCGGCGACUACCUGGCCCGCUUCAAGAACGACCGGGUAAAGGCCUUGAAGGCCAUGGAGAUGACCUGGAACAACAUGGAGAAGAAGGAGAAGCUGAUGUGGAUUAAGAAGGCCGCGGAAGACCAGAAGCGAUAUGAGAGGGAGCUGAGUGAGAUGCGGGCCCCUCCGGCUGCUGCGAACUCUUCCAAGAAGAUGAAGUUCCAGGGAGAACCCAAGAAACCUCCCAUGAAUGGGUACCAGAAGUUCUCCCAGGAGCUGCUGUCCAACGGGGAGUUGAACCACCUGCCGCUAAAGGAGCGCAUGGUAGAGAUUGGCAGCCGCUGGCAGCGCAUCUCCCAGAGCCAGAAGGAGCAUUACAAGAAGCUGGCCGAGGAGCAGCAGAAGCAGUACAAGGUGCACUUGGACCUCUGGGUCAAGAGCCUGUCGCCCCAGGACCGUGCAGCAUAUAAAGAGUACAUCUCCAAUAAACGUAAGAGCAUGACCAAGCUGCGCGGCCCAAACCCCAAGUCCAGCCGGACCACCCUGCAGUCCAAGUCGGAGUCCGAGGAGGAGGAUGAGGAGGACGAGGACGACGAGGAUGAGGACGAAGAGGAGGAGGAGGAUGAGAACGGGGACUCCUCCGAGGACGGCGGGGACUCCUCCGAGUCGAGCAGCGAGGACGAGAGCGAGGACGGGGACGAGAACGAAGAGGAGGACGAGGACGAGGACGACGACGAGGACGACGACGAGGACGAGGACAACGAGUCCGAGGGCAGCAGCUCCAGCUCCUCCUCCUCGGGGGACUCCUCAGACUCUGACUCCAACUGAGACCGGGCCCGUGGGCGGCCAGGGCGAGCCCAGCGCCCCCUCCCCAGCCGACCACCUCUGUUCCUCCCCGUGUUCUGUCCCCUGCCCCGGCCUUCCCCCACUUUCUUUCUUUCUUUCUUUUUUUUAAGCAAAACAUGGUGGGGGCAGGGGGCUGGAGGAGCCCAGGCCAGGACUCUGCGGCCUCAGAGACACCAGCCCAGGGGGGUCCUCCAGGGAGAACAACCAUCAGACUUAGCCAGCGCCGGGCGGGCCGGCCCACCCCACCCACCCACUUCUGCACUUGCCGUUCCUGCACGGACAAUGGACCGGGGCCUGGGGGUGGCCCGAGGAGGUCACGGAGGCCCCCCAUGCCUCCAGCCCAACCCGAAGUGGGGGAGAAGCCUGGGGAGGACCCCUUCCUUCCCAGAGGGGCCCGCCGCCCGGACCCCUGCAUUGGAACCAGAGGCAGGGGCCCCAUGGGGGGAGGAGGGCAGGUGCCUUCCAGGAGACGGGCAUCACCCCUGCGGCCCUCUGCCUGCCCCGCAGGGGGGAGCCUGGACCCGCUCGCGGGGGAAGGGCAGAAGUGUUUUUUAUAUAUGUGUAUAUAUUUUUUUUUUAAGCUCUGAGCUGUCAACGAGACGUUUCCUACCGAU